AAUUUUACAUUUCAUAGAUACGAAGAUGACGUGUAUAAUAAACCUACCCGUAUAGGAAAACGACGGGUAUUGCCCUGAGUUUGAGCAAAGAGAAAGUGUGUACAGUGUGUAUUCAAUACAAAAUUAAACGGAAAAAAGAUGAGUGAAACAAGUAUAAAUGAAAUAAUUAUUGUGGCUAUAGAUUUUGGAACGACAUUUUCUGGUUACGCCUACUCUUAUAGGGAGGAGUAUUUACGAGAUCCACUUCAGAUAUAUUCAAAUCGUUGGGAUGGCCAGAUUCUUCCGCAAGCUCCUACUGUGCUAUUGUUCAACAGUGAAAAGACGGAAUCUUACUUCGGAUUUGAGGCGGAAGAGAAAUACGAUGGACUUAUAAAAAGAAAAGAACAUAAAGACUGGCGAUAUUUUCGAAGGUUCAAAAUGGAUCUUAACAGAGAGAAAAAACUCACACGGAAAAUGACUAUAAAAGAUGCACAAGGGAGAAAGAUGCCUGCGUUGGAAGUUUUUGCCGCUGCCAUUAAACAUUUGAAGAAUCAUUUUAUGGAGCAGGCUAAGCUGAGGGUAAAACUCCAGGAGCAUGAAGUUCGUUGGGUGAUCACCGUUCCUGCUAUCUGGAGUGAUGAUGCCAAAGAAUUCAUGGUUGAGGCGGCAAAAAUGGCUGAAAUAAAAGAAGAUAAAUUAUCACUUGCAUACGAACCGGAAGCUGCGGCUAUCUACUGCAAACAUAUAAGACUUGCAAAGCUUAGAGAGCCAGGAAAAGAUGCAACAAUUCAACCGUUUCCUCCGGGAUUGAAGUUUCUUGUUCUUGAUCUUGGAGGUGGAACUGUCGACAUUUCCGCACAUGAAGUGCAAGAAGACGGCACCCUGAAGGCACUUACAGAGCCUUCAGGUGGGAAAUGGGGAGGGACUCUUGUCGAUGACGGUUUUUUAGAAAUAUUUGAAGGUCUCUUUGGAGCGGAUAUCAUGACUGGCCUAAAACGCGACAUUGAACAAGCCGAAUCAAAACGCGAGCUUGAUGCCGAAAUUGAAAUGAAGAAGAGAACAAUUGUUGGUAAAAGUAAUGCCAAGGCUAAUAACGUUAUUUCGAUUAAACUACCAUUCGCAUUGCGUGAAGGAACAAAGUCUGCUCAGUUUGAAAGUGCUUUAGAAAGCGGAACAUAUGAACUCAUACAAGGUAAACUCCUGAUUGACAAUUCAAUUUUGUUAUCGGCCUUCGAAAAUUCAGUUUCGAAAAUCGUAGAACAUUUUAACAUUCUGCUGGGAAAGACCGAGUUGGAACGAUUGGAUGCUGUUGUUAUGGCGGGCGGAUUUUCAGACUCGAAAGUAGUUCAGGAAGCAAUCAAAGACGUUCUAAAGAAUUACCCGAAAGUAGACCUGAUAAUACCAGAGAACAGCGCUUCAGCUAUUGUUCACGGAGCUGUCUUAUAUGGAUUCAACCCAUCAGUUAUAUCAACACGGAAAUCAAAAUACUCGUAUGGAAUUAGUACAUCGGCUCCGUUUGUUGAAGAACUUCAUCCGUUGUCACAUGGUGUGCAAAGAGAUGGGUCCAACAAAUGUGAAGACAUAUUCAAGGUCUUUGUUAAGAAGGGUGAGGAAGUGAUCCCUGGACAAACAACGGCUACUCAUACGUUCAACCCCUCUCCGUUGACUCGAGAGAAUCAAACUAUUGAAGUUUACAAGUCAGAGGAAGACGUACCACCAAUGCUUGUUACAGAAUGCCAGAAAGUUGGGCUUGUGUGUUUUACUGUACCCAAUGGUGACUUUGAUGCAACGACUGUCAAAGUAGAAAUGAAGUUUGGAGGUACACAGAUGACCGUUUCCGCAGUCGUAAAUGGGCCUAAUGGAAGUAAAUCAGUGAAAGCCUUUUUUGAUUGGCUAUAAUACACAUUGUCGUCACUGUUUAUGAUUCAAAUCGUGGUAUGAAGGUUGGAAACGAAGAUUCUAUGUUACCAAACAUUGUGUUAUAAGUACAAAAAGUUCUAGUGCUCAACUGAUGGUAUACUCUUGUUCAAUGUUACAACUAUAAAAAAACUGUCAGUUGAAAGUUUUCGUGCUGCGAUCAUUGCAAACUCGUAUUUUGUUAAGAGGCCUGUGACACUAUCCACCUUUUGUACGGCCAACUCAAACAGGAAGGAAUCAAGGUCGUUUUCGGACUCUCGACGCCGUUCUCCAAAUAUCAUCUACUGCAAAAAACAACAACAAUAAUACAAUUUAUACCAAUAAUCAUACAGAUGUAACUACUUUACGACUUUUUCAACAGUCAAACAUCUUGUGAUUGUGUUAGAAGACACAUAGUUAAUCAUAUUUAUAAUAUUCAUUGUCUCCUUGAUGUAUGCAUGAUAUAUAUUUACUGUUAUGAUUUGGGGUUUUGGGCAUAAGAUUGUUGUAUACAUUGUAUUAUUUAAUUUUGAAAAAUUCUCUACUGAAACAAACUUGUUAUUGAGAUAGACUCAAUGAUUUACUUGGAUUUUAUCAAAAUAACCUUCUAUAGGCAACAGUUUGAAGAAUACUUGCCUUUUAGUUUUUUGAAGAUGAAUUCCUGAAACAAAAUAUAGGGUUGAAUAUAUCAUCCUUACAUAACUAAGCUUUCAGUUCUUUGAUUUUAUGAAAAGCUUGCUAAUUCAUGUUAUUUUUAAAACUGUUUUUGACUCGGAGUGUUUUGGCAUGUGAAGCCAUUUUCUUCAAAUUUUUUAAAUAGGUUAUCAUUUGGAAGAAAAGAUAUGCUAAUAUAAGUCGUUUUUAUUUUAAUAAUGUGUUCUUUAUUUGUUCCCAGUUUCAGUACAAUGAUAUUCUUUAUUAUGAAACUCUAUCAUCAAUGUUUUAAAUCUUUUACUUUAUUAGGCAGACUGUGUGUGAUGCUCAUAGUUUCAAACAAUGACUGCAUCGUAUCUUUGAAAAGUUUUUGCAGAUGCUCUGAAUUGUAUUCCUCCGUCUGCAGAUAGAGUUGGGAUCUCUGAUCAUAGGAGUACUUGGGGUUAACCUGUAAGUUUAUUAUUAUUUGUGUUAUUGUUAAGUGUCCUCAAGUUAAUGCAUACUUUGAUAAGAUUUACCUUUAGGUUUUUUUUUAUUUAGGAUUGUUUGGAUAAGAGUGAGGUUUUAGCACUUAAACUGGUUUAAACCCCCUGUAAAUUUACAUUUACUGGUCGUUCCAAGGCGGUUACUAAUAAUCCUUGAUAAACAUACCUAGUUUGUCAUAAAUAGUAUGUAUGCUAUGUGCUGUUUGUUGAGUUUUGUGCUGUUCUUCUAUGUUUCUUGUUUGUGAUUUUUGGUUUUUAUGUUAUAUAUGUCUUUGACGUUUACCCAGUGCCAAUAAACCGGGUUAAUGUUUAAACAUUUUGCUACUGACCUUGUUUCUGUAGUUUUUCGCAUAUCUAUUGUUCCUAGACACAAGACUUAAAACACUUUUCGUCGAGAACACAUUCAGUGCAAGAGACGCUUGUAAAGUACACAUCAACGUUGUGAACUUUUUUGAAUGAUAUGUUAACAAAUAUGCAAGUCGAAUGAUUUUUAGUAUGUAUGCAAAGAAAUGUCUUUUAAUAUGUUAUGUCUAUUUUAUAUGAAGUGUUAACACUGCUAACAACGGACAGUCUGAAACGGAUAUCAUUUCCCUUGACCACUCGGCUAUCGAUACCGAAUAGGUUCUGAAUGUAUGUGUUUUUAAAAUCGUGUCCAUUAAAAAGCCUUAUAUUUCAAUUCGUUUAAACUAGAAACGCCAAAUAUCUGGAAUUUUCUUAUAUGUAUUAAACUUAAAUCAGUACUAGAACAAUGUUUGAUUAAAAACAUACAUCUAGUGACUUAUUUUAUUACAGCAAUUGUUACAUGUAUGCUUUUCUAAUAAAACGGCAUGUGUUUUUUUAGUAUUGAAAGCAAGGAGUAACAUUUGACAUUUGUUGGCUUUAUAUUUCUGUAACUAACUAAUUGUUUGUUUUCUUUUUAAAUUAAUGAUGCAAGCUAUAUUUAAUUGAUGAUUAAUAUAUGCCAUGGUCCUCAAACGUCUCGGCUUGGUUUUCAUGAAGAAAUAAUGACGACAAUAUUUGUCAAAUACAUGAAUGUCUACAUUUGGCUCUUAUUCUAAAAGUCUAAAAUGCAAAGUUUCUGAUGCAAUUGUACAAAGUGACUUCGUAAGUAAACACCAUGUGUUUAGUUAUGAAGAAUGGAUAAGUUCUUUUGGAACUUUCGGUACUUAUUGAUAAUACUCAUCACUCGCAGAGUACAUUAUACUAAACUGUAACUGUAAAUACUAACUGUAAAUUGAACUUUAAGAUUUUUAAACUAUAAUAUAUUAAAAGGAACUUGAUUGUAAUUUUGUACAAAGAUAGAAGCUGAAACAUCUGUCGUCCCAGCUGCGUGUUCCAAAGCAGAAGAAAAAAGGGGGAAAGAGAUGUUGAAACGCAUUGUUGAGCACAUUAACAAUGUAUUAUUUUUAUUAAAAGUAUUGAUUUUGGA